AAAACAUAACCUAUUGACUUGUUAAUUCAAGUUAUUUUCUACAGGAAAAAUUCGUUAAAAAUACAAUAUGAUACUUCAAACUUGGGAAUCUGUAGAUAAGAUUGUGAGAAAAGAUGUAAUAAAGCCUGGCUGUUAUUCCAGAAAACCGACAGAAUGUUCUACCUGUGAAAUUGGUAUUGGGACAGUAAACGUUAUUAACACGUCUGUAGAAGAUUUGAAAGAAAAAUUUAAUUCUGAAAUUUUAAAUGGCACAAAUACAAAAACAUUUAUUAUCGGUGAAGCUAAUUGUGAAAUAGAUUAUCAAAUUGAGCGGGCAAUUCAAAUGAUGAUGGUCUCUGAAACAAGUGUAAUUACUAUACAUCCAUCAUUGGAAGGCAUUGAUGAACCCAUAACUAUUAAAUGUCAAGUAACAUUGAUCAAAAUGGAGUUGCAUAAACCAAUUUGGGAAUGGACACCUGAAGAGAAAUAUUCUAUAGCUUCAAAGUAUAAACAAAUGGGUGUUCAGUUAUUUCAAGAAUGUAGAUACGUAGAUGCAUUUCGUAGGUUUAGUAAAGCUUGUAAAAUUCUUAUAACAUUAGAACCGAUACCUGAUUUAGAAUUAGAUUCAAAAUUAGAGAGUGAUAUUAAUAAUUUGAGACUUGUAUUAUAUAAUAAUAUGGCUGGAUGUCAAUUAAAUCGAAAGAAUUAUGAAUAUACCAUCUCUUUAUGUACAAAAGUUUUAGAUAAAGAAAAUAAUAAUGUUAAAGCAUUAUACAGAAGAGGUGUAGCUCAUGGAAAUUUAAAAGACUUGGAAAAGGCUGUUGACGACCUAAAAAUUGCUACUGCUUUAGAGCCACAUAACCAUACACUGAAAGAACAGUUUUUAAUUUAUAAUAAAAAAUUACAAGAAGCAAAUCAAAAGUUUGAAGAUAUGGUUAGAAGAAUGUUCAAAACCUAAUGUGUAAUGUUACAUUUCUAUGGUGAAAUUAAAACACAUUGCGCUUUGUAAAUAAAAAAAUAUGCAUUUAUUUUUAUUCACAAGAAUUUACACUAUCAUUAGCUUAAAUUACUUAAAAAUUACAAUGAAGAAAAUCGUUGCAAAAUGCAACAAGUGUUAUGGUUACAUUUAUCCGCAUUUUUAUUAUUACAAUAUCAUUGUUAUAAAAGUGUACUUGGAUCAUGCAACAACACAAGUAAAUGAUAAAUAUAUGUCGUCUGUACUAAACAGUUACAUUAUAUCACUUAUUAUAGGUUCUGAUUUCUUACUGACACUGUAUUAUAUUACAAAUUGCAUUCAAGUUCUAAAAUAAAAUGUCUUGAAAAGAUCUUUAUGUUCAUGUUUUUUUUUCCUGCUCUAUUGUUUAUUGAAAUUAUUAUAUUAAUGUAGACAGCAGUAAAAAUACUUUUAUACAGAGUAUAAAUUUAAAAAUAAAAAAUUAUUUUCUCAAGCUGCACCUAAGUUGUAAACCUAAUUGGAUGAUCAAAUAAAACUGCACUGCAAGCAGUAUGUAUAAAAUGUGACCUGUUUUUGUCAUUUCCUAUACUUAAAUAAGGUACAAAAUUAAAAUUUUUUUUUAUAUCAAAGUAAAAGUGAUCAGUAACAAGCAAAAAAGAUAAUUGAUAAAUAAUAUUUUACUUAAACUA